CGGCUCAGCAUUUGCAAGCAGCAAGAGAACCUGAGAGUAAUACUUCAGUAGAUGAAGAGCAGAAUGGACAUUCCCAUGUUUAGUCGUAAGCGGCAUCUGUUACUUGGGUGUGAUGGUCAGCUUCCACUCCGUAGGAGAAAAUGCUUGAUGGGCUGGUCGGACUCAGCUGCACAUUCAGACAGACUGAUGACAAACAAUUCUUCCACCUGGUUGUUCGACGCAUGUGUGAACAGGUGGAAGAUCAAUCACCAGAACACAUUGGAGCUAUUGGAGGUGAUGCGGCUAUGGGCCGACACAGAAAGCUCCGUGCAGAAAGUUUUGGAGUGUCUCAAAACCAAACGGGGCGACGUCUUCCUAGACCACUUGGUGAACAGCAAGUUUUUAGCCUUUCACAAAGACAUCACGGAUGAAUAUGGCAGGGAAGACAAGCAACACUCGUGGGCAGUCAUUGAAAAACAGGAAGAGGUCAUCAUGUACGGGCCUUAUUAUCCUAACUACAACAGUGGAGAACACAGCGAGGACAUCAUCAUCACAAAAACUCAAGAGCUUCUGGAGGCAGAGGACUUCCCUCAAGGCUGGACUGUGUAUAUUUUCACCAUGAACAGUCCUUGUUUGGCAAGAAAUUCGGACCCAUGCAUGCUAAACCUCGUUCGUAGGGCCCGAGACUGGUGGAGCAUGUUUGCAGUAAAGACUUAUAUUGGCUAUGUGAGAAGUUGGGGCUUUAAAGGAAACAAAGAAAAUGUUUUCAAGGAAGUCAACUCCAGACAAGUGGAAAUUAUAACUCAAAGUGUGGACUAUGGGAGCUACGUUGAAUCAGUUGAUAAGAUCGAUGAUCUCAGUCCUUUGUGCGUAACUGUGUUUAUUGUUGCUAAGGACUUACUAAACGGUGAGAAGCUCCACUUUCCUUUGAUAACCACAGAAGAAAAACAGGAACAAAAGAGUUACUUCAAAAAUAUGAACAGUAUACUUGAGUCCAAACAGGAAGAGGAGAAAAAAAUCCUUAUAAAGGAGCUGAAUGCAGUAGCGGAAGCAGCAGAGUCCUUGCUUUUAGGAGAAAAUCAAGGCUUAGACGAGCAUUUGGAGAAAGGAAAGGUGUUUUCACUCGGUUACGCUUUCAGUUCAGAGUCAUGA